UACCGUAACUACGCACAAGUAUGGCUGUCUGAGAGUUGUGACAACUGUUUUGAUGGUGUAAAUAACACAAUUAUCCAUUUUUAAAACAUCCUUUUCUCCGAAUUCGUAUUUAUCUGAACUAAUAACCACAUUACGACACAGACCACCAUGCCGUCCGCCUGUGACUCUCUGAUUGAAGACAUUGAGGACAUGGUGUCCUCUAGCGACCCCACCCCUCAUGAGAGACAGUUUGCUAGAAAGAGCAUCAUGCCGAGGUCCAGGAAGAAAAACGAGCCUCUGAGCCACGAGGAGCUACAAGCUGACAGUUUAAUUCCUGGCACCCAAAAAAUCUGGAUAAAAACGUGGGGCUGCAGUCAUAACAACUCAGAUGGAGAGUACAUGGCCGGACAGCUAGCUGCCAGCGGAUACAAGAUGACUGAUGACCCAACAGACGCAGACCUAUGGGUGCUCAACAGCUGUACUGUGAAAAACCCUGCAGAGGAUCACUUCAGAAACUCAAUCAAAAAAGCCCAGGAACUGCAGAAAAAAGUUGUAGUAGCAGGUUGUGUUUCUCAGGCUCAGCCACGAAUGGACUACCUCAAAGGACUCAGCAUCAUUGGGGUCCAACAGAUUGAUCGAGUGGUGGAAGUAGUGGACGAGGCUGUUAAAGGCCACUCAGUUCGUCUGUUGGGUCAGAAGAAAGAUGGAGGCCGGAGGCUCGGAGGCGCUAGACUGGACCUGCCCAAGAUCAGGAAGAACCCUCUCAUUGAAAUCAUCUCCAUUAACACUGGGUGUCUGAACGCAUGUACCUACUGUAAGACUAAGCAUGCCAGAGGAGACCUGGCUAGCUAUCCCAUCGAGGAGCUAGUGGAAAGAGCCAGGCAGUCAUUUCAGGAGGGAGUGUGUGAGAUCUGGUUGACCAGUGAAGACACAGGAGCUUAUGGUAGAGACAUUGGGACAGACCUGCCCACAUUGCUGUGGAGAUUGGUGGAGGAGAUUCCUGAAGGAGCCAUGCUGAGGCUGGGUAUGACCAACCCACCUUAUAUCCUGGAACACCUACAGGAGAUGGCUAUGAUAUUGAAUCAUCCACGCGUCUAUGGCUUCCUUCAUGUUCCUGUGCAGUCGGCCUCAGACAGUGUCCUGAUGGACAUGAAGAGAGAGUAUUGCAUUGAUGACUUCAAAAAAGUGGUGGACUUCCUCAAAGAGAGGGUCCCAGGUGUAACUAUUGCUACAGAUUUAAUCUGCGGUUUUCCUGGUGAGACGGAGGAAGACUUCCAAGAGACGGUAGACUUGGUGAAACUCUACCGAUUCCCCAGUCUCUUCAUCAAUCAGUUUUACCCCAGGCCCGGUACACCUGCCGCCAAGAUGGAGCAAGUACCAGCGCAUAUGAAGAAGCAGAGGACUAAAGAGCUGUCUCAAUUGUUCCACUCUUACAACCCCUAUGACCACAAGGUCGGAGAGAGGCAGCAUGUGUUGGUGACUGAGGAGUCAUUUGAUGCCCAAUACUAUGUGUCUCACAACAAGUUCUACGAACAGGUGCUGGUGCCUAAGAGGGCUGAGUUCAAAGGGAAGAUGAUCGAGGUGGACAUCUACGAGGCAGGAAAACACUUCUUGAAAGGCAGACCAGUAGAAGACAGUAAGCCCUUCACUCCCUCCAUUGCCUCACCGCUUCAGAAAGGAGAGGUGUCUGGCCUCGUGCAGGAACCGAUGGCCAACGGCAUCCAUGGUCCUGCUUCUUCGAUGCCUUCUUCAUCUGUUUUGUUGAUCGGCUCUUACAGUCUGGACAGGGAAGCACUGAAGAAGCUGGGAAUCGGACUUACUCUGGCAGCAGCCAUCUUGGCCUUCAUCGUAGAGAAAUUGUACACAUAGAGUAACUGCAAACUAGACGACGAUCCGGAAGAAGGGAGAGGACAGUGACAUCACAGAAGCCUAAACAAUAGCCAUAGAUCUCCUGUAACAUACUCCAUGUUCUCUUAUUCAACUUUGAAUGAACCCAAAGAAAGAAAAAUCAGUGACGCCUCCACAGUUGAGGAUUAUUUGAAUGCUCUGUGAUAUUUAUCUUGUUUUUAGUUAGUUAGUUAGAUCUGUAAUUAAAGUUAGACUUUUCAAUUAAUAGACAUAGUUCCACUUUGCAAUCAUUUUACUCGAGUGAUGUCAGUGUCUUCUUCUGUCAUUGAACUGGGAAUAACCACAUGGGCAAUGACAGGUCAGCAGUCUUCACAGACCUUAUCGAUCACUUUUUAUAAAAGUCCAUUUGGUACAAAUAACACCCUAGUUACACUCUAAGUGUAGGCUGUUUCAGUAAAAGACUAUGCUUCGUCUGAUGUUUACUGAAGGCUGCAGACUGACAUUGUCCAUAGACUGGUAAACACGUGUUUGUGGGUCUAUGUAGCUGUUUGACAGAUACAUGAAGCACUACUUAACUAGUUGAUACUCAUAGAAAACACAUUCUGGUCUUUUGUACCAGAACAAGGUGUGAGGAUGGUAAAACGGUCCCUGUUUCAGCUUGCUGAGUUGCAGAGUGAUUCUCAAUGCUUUAUCCAGCAUGUUUUGUACUGAGCAUGUAGAUUUCCAAAUAGUGUGUUAAAGAGUUGUGCUUACUUUACAGUACGUCAUUUUUUUCUGUGGAAAGGUGCGUGUGUAUAAUACUCUGAUAUGUGUAACCUUCAUUUCAAAGUAUUUAUUUUUGAAUAAGAGACAUGGACAGUAUAUUUUCAGAACAAACAUUUCUUUUUGUCUUUGAAGGAGUUUUCUUUCGUUAAAGUGGUUUUGUUUGUUAAAAUUUUUCUUUCCUCAUAUUCUUCAUAUUAUUUUGUCAUACAGAAUACGAUACACCCAACAUAUCCACGUGACGACAUUCUCUGGUGCCACCUUAGUGGAUUGUUUAACACAUUUCUCACUUACCUGUAGUGUUGUGUAGCUGAUAUCCACCUCUGGGAUUUCUGCUGCCACCCCAAUACAAUGAAGGAGAAUUGAUCUUGGCCAAAUGUAUCCAGAACUGUCGCUUUGCCAGUCGUCACUAAAGAGGAAUGAGAUUUGUUUUCCUUUUUUGUAAUUCAGGUGAACUGAUCCUGUUCUCUGUUGAUAUGUGGGCUACUUGUGGUGUAUACAUAGUCUGAGUUAUUAUUGAGACAGACGUUUUUGUUUUUCUUGAUUUGUCGCAACCAUCCAAAACCGUUUAAUAAAGGAAAAACACAA